GUGAGGUCCACGCUGCUCCUCAGGUGGGCUCUGCCACCACUGGACCAGAUGUGAUGUCCUUUACGCACCUGCGCGCUCUGCUUCUGCUCGGCUUCAUCCUCCUCAUCCACACGGUUAAUGGAAGGUUUCCCCACUGCCGGCUCUACUGGGAGAUGGAGAGAGCUCGAGCCGAGUGUGAAACUCAACUCCAGCAACAGAAGACACUGAAUAAGACAGGAUGUGAAGGCGAGUGGAACAAUGUCUCCUGUUGGCUCAACGUAGCGGUCGGCGAGGUGAUGACCCUCCCGUGUCCCUCCCCCUUCCUGCUCUUGUUCGGCAAAAAUGGUAACCUGAGCAGGAAGUGCACAGAGGAAGGCUGGUCCUCCAUCUAUCCUGACAUCGGAGCGGCCUGCUCCUCAGACAUCUCAGACAAGCCCUCCGAGCUCCACUUUUGGAAAGUGUUGCAGUUUCUCACAUAUUUGUCAGAUAGCCUGUUAUAUGUAUUUCUACUUACUACUUGUACUACUAUUCCUACUUGGCGGAAGCUUCACUGUAUGAGGAACUACAUCCAUCUGAACCUGUUUGUGUCCUUCAUGCUGCGAGCCGGGGCAGUCCUCACCAAAGACACGCUGCUGUUCUCUGAGGCUGAAACCACAGACUGCAGCACACAGCCCUCACUGGUUGGUUGUAAAACUAGCCUGGUGUUCUUCAACUACUUCAUUAUGGCCAACUUCUUCUGGCUUCUGGUGGAGGGUCUCUACCUGCACACGCUGCUGCUCGUCAUCUAUACGAACUCUACCCGCCUCUCCAUCUAUAUGUUCAUCGGCUGGGGAAUCCCUUUUGUUUUCAUGGUGGCGUGGAUCAUCAGUCGAAUCAAUUUGGAGGACACCAGGCGGCUGGCGAAAUCCACCCUCCUGCUGAUCCCUUUGUUUGGGGUGAACUACGUGGUGUUUUUCUACCUGAUGGAGCCGGCGGAGAAAACCUUGAAGCAAGUCAAGAUCUUCUUUGACCUCGGGCUCGGAUCCUUCCAGGGUCUGAUUGUGGCUGUUCUUUACUGUUUCCUCAACAGUGAGGUUCAGAGUGAGCUGAGGAGGACUUGGAGGAGUUUAACUCUGAAGCGCUGUGAUUGCAGGCUUCACACCAUGUCAGUGAACCCAAACGGAGCCAAAACCUCAACACAAUUUCACAGAAACGUCCGAGCCCAGUCCAUCCUGCAGACAGAAACCAGCAUGCUGUAACCGCACAACAAACGAUGAAUACU